AUGGCGGCCGAGAAAGACAUUCACGAUGGCGUCUCGACGCCCGAGACCACCCAGGUCCAUACUGGAACCCCCAGCGGUGGCCUUCCCCCUGUUAGUGGCAAGGCUGCCACUGCAUAUGGCGAAGGCGCUCUGAGCCAUGGAGCGGCUCAACGUGACGAGAACUUUUACACGCGUAAUGGCCUCAACUUUGAGUCGUUCAAGCCCCGCGACUACGGCCGCGGCAUCGUUGAGCUUGACCGUACCAUGAAGUCGCGUCAUCUUCACAUGAUUGCUAUUGGCGGCUCCAUUGGUGCUGGUUUCUUCGUCGGUUCCGGAGGUGCUCUUAGCACUGGUGGACCUGGAUCUGUUCUGAUUGACUUCAUGAUUAUUGGUGUCAUGAUGUUCAACGUCGUCUACGCUCUUGGUGAACUCGCUGUCAUGUACCCCGUGUCCGGCGGUUUCUACAUCUACUCAUCCCGCUUCAUCGACCCCUCUUGGGGAUUUGCUAUGGGUUGGAAUUACUGGGCCAUUGUCUUGCCUCUCGAACUGACUGUUUGCGGCUUAACUAUCAAUUACUGGGAAGGCGCCAGAGAAGUCAGUUUAGCGGUUUGGAUUACCGUCUUCUGGGUCGCCAUCAUCUUCAUCAACGUCUUCGGAACUUUAGGAUAUGCCGAAGAGGAGUUUUGGUCCUCCCUUCUCAAGCUCAGUGCGAUUUGUGAGUCGAUUGCAAUCCCCACCGACUACGAUGAUUCUAAUAGACUUGCAGGUAUUUUCAUGAUCGUUGCAUUCAUCCUUGUCCUGGGAGGUGGCCCUUCCAACGGCCGCUACAACGAAUACUGGGGAGCUCGGUACUGGUACGACCCGGGUGCUUUCCAAAACGGAUUCAAGGGCUUCUGCGGCGUGUUUGUCACUGCUGCGUUCUCUUUUGCCGGUACCGAGCUUGUUGGAUUGGCUGCUGCUGAGUCUGCCAACCCGCUAAAGUCUCUUCCUGGCGCCAUCAAGCAGGUGUUCUGGCGUAUUACCCUUUUCUAUAUCUUGGGUCUCUUCUUCGUCGGUCUGCUUGUUCCCGCCGAUGACCCCACUCUCCUCGGUGCUGAAAACGCUUAUGCCGACGGUGCUUCGCCUUUUGUCAUCGCUGCCAAGCAUGCUGGAUUGAACGGGUACGACCACUUCAUGAACUGCAUCAUUCUGGUUUCUGUUCUGUCACUUGGCGUGUCCUGCGUCUACGGAGGUUCCCGUACCCUCACUGCUCUUGCGCAACAAGGCUAUGCCCCCAAGAUCUUCAGCUAUGUCGACAAGGGUGGUCGCCCCUUGCCAUCCGUUGUUGUUCAUCUGCUUUGCGGUGCCCUUGCUUUCAUGAAUCUGGAUGCUGACGGUGAGACCGUCUUCAACUGGCUUCUCAACAUGUCUGCUCUGGCUGCUCUAUUCACUUGGGGAUCUAUCUGCUUGUCCCACAUUCGCUUCCGCAAGGCUUGGGCGUACCACGGCCACACGGUUGACGAGAUCCCCUUCCAGGCGGCAUUUGGCGUUGCUGGAUCUUGGGUCGGGCUAGCCCUUUGCAUCAUCGUCUUGAUUGCCCAGUUCUUCGUUGCGAUCGCCCCUCCCAAGAACAACGAUGAGCUCAACGAUGCUGAGGGAUUCUUCGAGGCGAUGCUCACUGUUCCUGUUAUCAUGGUCUUCUGGGUCAUCGGUUUCGCCUGGAAGCGCACUGGCUGGCUUCGCACCCAUCAAAUGGAUGUUGACACCGGUCGUCGUGAGCUUGACUGGGAUGAGAUCAACGCCUACAAGGCCGAGGUUGCGUCCUGGCCUACCUGGAAGCGCAUGAUGAACAGAUUCUUCUAG